GAACAAGCUUCAUCCUGCGUCGUGUGAGGCUGAGUGCAAACAAACCCUACGAGGGCUUUGGACGGGCAAUCAUGGCAGUGAAUGCCCGUCUUCAGACCACCGCGCCAUUAGACUAUGCGACACCUCCAUUCCCAUCCCUAUACUGGCCUUAUCGACCGAAGCCUGGAGUCGCGAACUACCUCUACUAUUCGCAUGAUAUCUGGCGAUACACUCUUAUAUGGACCCUUAUCGUUUUCGCUCUUCUCCAUCUCCUUGUGGCAGGAUUCGCGGUGUUGAGACAGCUUGGGAAAGGCAAGAAAGCUUGGCAGUAUGUUUGGAUCAUUCCUCUGGUGUAUAUAUUCGUAGCGGGAGUGGAAGCUAUAUUAGCAGGAAGUAUUGUGGGUCUGAUCCUUGGUGCAGUCUACAAUGCUGGCUACUUUAAGAUGUCGACCUGGAUACCAUUCAUAUGGUCAUUGAUCAGCGGCUUGAUAUUGAUCUUGUCAUCGUUCUCUAUUGAAGGUGGCCUUUGA